AUGUCGACGCAGUACGAGCACAUCCUCACGUCGCGUCCUGAGCCCGCCGUUGAGCUCAUCACGCUCAACCGGCCUAAGGCGCUGAAUGCGCUGAGCACUCCUCUCUUCCUGGAGCUUGGGAAGGCGCUUGCUGCAGCGGAUGCAGACGAGCAGGUCGGCGCGAUCGUGCUAACGGGCUCGGAGAAGGCCUUCGCCGCUGGUGCGGACAUCAAGGAGAUGAAGGACAAGACCUUCUCCGACGUCUACAAGAACAACUACCUGGCGAACUGGCAGUCCGCACUCACGACGAUCCGCAAGCCCAUCAUCGCGGCCGUUAGCGGCUACGCCCUCGGCGGCGGCUGCGAGCUUGCCCUCAUGUGCGACAUCAUCCUCGCAUCCCCAACCGCCAAGUUCGGCCAGCCCGAGAUCAACCUGGGCGUCAUCCCCGGCGGAGGUGGCUCCCAGCGCCUUACGCGCGCCAUCGGCAAGUCGCGCGCAAUGGAGCUGGUGCUCACCGGCCGGCAAAUCAACGCGCAGGAGGCGGCGCAGUGGGGGCUGGUCAGCCGUGUUGUUGCAGAGGGCGAGGGUGAGGUAGUGAAGGAGGCGGUGAAGAUGGCGAAUGAGAUUGCCGGGAAGGGUCAGAUUGCGGUGCAGGCAGCGAAGGAGGUGGUUAAUGCUGCGUACGAGCUCGACUUGGCAGAGGGCUUGCGGUUUGAGCGCCGAACGUUCCAGGGUCUGUUCGCGACGAACGACCAGAAGGAGGGCAUGGCUGCGUUCGCGGAGAAGAGAAAGCCUAACUUCACGCACAACUGA